AUGGGGAAGGUCGCCGGAGCCAAGCGGAGGAGAAGACUGGAGAAAGGGGGAGGAGGAGAUCGCCUCCAGGUCCUGGACCGGAUCAGCAGCCUCCCCGACGGCGUCCUCGGCAACAUCAAUUCCCGCCUCCCCACCAAGGACGGCGCUCCUCUCCUCUCAACCUCGAGCUCCCCUGUUGGCCGGCGCCCGACAAGCGACGCCUCUCCCACGGGUUUUCCACAUUGGACAUCCAUGGAAAUGGUCAUCACGGUGAUCUCAGCACCAAAGUUGCAUUCUUUGGGGCUAUUUUCUAGGGACAGCCCCCGGCUCGAAUUUGGCUCCACAGUUUUCCAGGGAUCAAGCCUUGUUAGAUCAAUGACUCUGGUGCCUAGUGUGAAGAUUUUAGCUUUACUGAAUCUGCAUCUUAGUCUGGAUAUGGUUGUCGACGUCAUGAGAUGCUUUCCUUGCUUGGAGAACUUGUACAUCAAGACUACAAUGGCGGGGGAGAAAAAUGUGUGGUGCCAUAAAUACCGGAAUCUUGUCAGUACCCUUGACAUUCCACUGAAGAAAAUUGUGUUGUUGAACUACAGAGGCAACAAAUCGCAUGUUAACUUUGCCAAGUUCUUUGUACUUAAUGCAAGGUUGCUAGAUUCGAUGGUUUUUGAGAUCAAAAAUAAAGCUUCUAGGACUGCACAGUUUGAUUUUGUGUAUCAUGCCACUGGGCUUAUGCCGCCUGACCAGGGUUAUACUCUAGCACAUGAUAUGUCAACAUCUGACCCCUUUGUAAGUGAAGUGCUUGAUGAGUGGGCUGAUCCAUAUAAAAAAUAG